AUGAAGCUAGAUCCGUCACAUUUUUGUUACUUGACCAAUACUGAAUUCCGAGUUCUCACAGCUAUAGAGAUAGGAAUGAGGAAUCAUCAGUAUAUUCCACUUAGCCUUAUAACAACGACCGCAAAUUUAAGGUCUGUGGGCAUGAGCAAGGUCAUAUCAUCUCUUUUGAAGGCAAAAUUGAUAGUUCACUGCGGGAAAGUAUAUGAUGGAUAUAAGUUGACCUUUUUAGGAUUGGAUUACCUUGCUCUAAGAGCUUUGUCUAAAAGAGGAGUUAUCGCAUCAGUUGGCAGAAGAAUAGGUGUCGGAAAGGAGGCUGAUGUUCAUUUGUGUAAAGAUACUUCUGAUAAUUUAGUGGUCCUAAAGUUCCAUAGACUAGGAAGAAUUUCGUUCCGUUCAGUAAAAAAUAAUAGAGACUAUAUGGGUAAUAGAAAACACGCAAGUUGGAUGUAUCUGUCGCAGCUUGCAGCUAAAAAGGAGUAUUCAUAUUUAUCAAAUCUGUACGAGGAGUCAUUCCCAGUACCCGAGCCAAUUGACUUUAAUAGGCACGUUAUCGCAAUGAGGUUUAUUGACGGUAUACCCCUUUCGCAGGUAAAGGAGAUGGGCAACCCGAUGAAAGUUUUGCAUAUAUUAAUGGACUUGAUAGUUAAGUUGGCGAGACUAGGUAUUAUACACGGCGAUUUUAACGAAUUUAACCUAAUGAUAGACGAGGAUGGAAAUAAGGUCACAGUAAUAGAUUUCCCACAAGUUAUCUCAGUUUACCACGAGAACGCACAAUUCUACUUCGAGAGGGACGUGAAGUCAGUGGUGGAAAUGUACAAGAGGAAGUUUAAAAUAGAAGUUGUGGAGUUCCCAAGCUUCCUUGAUGUUGUUAAAACAGUGGACAAGUCCAAGGUUGAGAAACUGAAAGUGGACAUUACCAACGUUGACGAUGAAUUUUUAAGAGAUGUGUUUCAAAAUCUCCGUCAAGAGGGAGUUGAAGGUGAAGUGGAUCCUGAGUCGGUAGUUGAGGAUAUAGAAGAAAUGAAACUUGAAAAGGAGUAUUAUGAAAUCAAAGAAAUAGACUCUGAUGAGGAUGAUCUUCAAGAUGACGGUGAAGAUGAUCUUGAAGAAGAAGAGGAUGAACAAACUGAAGAUGAUAGUGAUAGUAAGGAUCCAGAAGAAGAUGAAAGUGGUGAAAGUGACGAAUUCGAAGAUGGUACUGAUGAAGAAAAUCCUAACCAAAUUCAGAUUUGGAAGCCUCACGUUAAAAGGUGUGUUACUUAUUUAAAAUCUAUUUUUAGAGUUGGAAACAAAGCAUGUGGCAGAAGACUUAAAUCGCGAAGCAGGAACAAGGCAAAAUCAGAGUCAAAGAAAGAUAUGAAGCAAAGGAAGAUAAAAGAUAGCAUAAAUAACAUAAAAGAUAUGUGGUGA